CUGCUCUCUGAAUCCCUCUUUUCUUCCUCUCCCUCUUCCCCCCACUGUCCUCAGCUUCUUUUACCGCACUCCUCAUUCCUUCAUCCUCCCCUCUUCUGCGCUCCCCUCAUCCCUCUGCCCAUCUCCUUGCGCCUCCCUCUCCCGCUUUUAUUCUCCAUCCCGGUAUCUCCCCCCGCUCAUCUUUGUUCUCCUGCCCUGCCGUCCAUCCCCUGCUUCUCCUCCUUCUCCUGCCGGUGUUUCGGUGCGUGGCACCCAUUGGCUCCCGCUGCCCGAGCCCGCGGAUGGCGGGGGCUGCGCGGGGCACGGCCGCGGGGCCGCGGGGCUGAGGGGCCGCCAUCCCGCAUCCCUCCCGCGCCGGGCACGGCGGGGGCGAUGGGCAAGCCCGGCCAGAGGGACUCGAGCCUCCGGCAGCGCCCGGCGGGGCUCGCUCCCCACGGGAGCGCUUUGCUCGUUCGCGCUUGAGAAAGGGGAAGGGGAAAAGCAUGACACGGAUUCUCCCGGGGAAGCGGAGGAAAAUGUGCAUCCCGACGACCUGUAAGUACCCGGCGGCUCUGGCCGCCCUUCCCGGAUGUCUCCCGCGGGCAUGAGUCCACGCAGAAGUUAAGUCUGCACUUCCAGAGAAGGAAACCUGCCGACCACCCCUCGCUCUCGACCCUCCAACUCUGCCAGUCCAGCCUGGUCCUUAGGAGAGAGCUCAGCCCCGAGCUCCUCUCCAGUGUCAGCAGCGAGCUGGUGGUGGAUGGAAAGCUUGUUUGCUCAAGGCUGUCUCUGAGUGAGCCGAGUGCUGUUUCCAUGCCAAACCCUCGUGUGACACACAACUGGACUGCUCAGCUUAGAGAGGCUGGGACGCUGCUUUGGUGCUGCAAACAGAUUGCUAACUGAUCCUGCAAGGACACUGCCCCUGCCCUUUUCCCUGCCUCUGCUAUGGACGCUUCUGCUUUUAGCCUCCCCACGCCAGCAGUGUUGGAGGAGGAGAAUGCCUCCAGUAGCUGGGCAGGCUUCACUAUCCCCAACAGCUCCUCCACUGUCAGCCCUGGUGUAGUUGUCAGCGGUGUCCUCAUCCCCGUGGUCUACCUCAUUGUCUGUGUGGUGGGGCUGGCUGGGAAUUCCCUAGUCAUUUAUGUGGUCCUACGGCACUCCGUGAGCGAGUCGGUGACCAACGUGUACAUCUUGAACCUGGCCCUGGCUGAUGAACUCUUCAUGCUGGGCCUGCCCUUCCUGGCUGCACAAAAUGCCCUGUCCUACUGGCCAUUUGGCUCUUUCAUGUGCCGCCUGGUGAUGGCCGUGGAUGCCAUCAACCAGUUCACCAGCAUCUUCUGCCUGACGGUGAUGAGCGUUGACCGCUACCUGGCUGUGGUCCACCCCGGCAAGUCCUCCAAAUGGAGGACAGCACGGGUGGCCAAGGCCGUGAGUGUAACCAUGUGGGUGCUGUCUUCCAUAGUGGUGCUGCCCGUGGUUGUCUUCUCAGAUGUCCCUUUAGGGAUGAGCACAUGCCACAUCCAGUGGCCAGAGCCUGCCUCGGUGUGGAGAGCUGGCUUCAUCGUCUACACUGCCACCCUGGGCUUCUUUGGACCACUGCUGGUGAUUUGUCUCUGCUAUCUCCUGAUUGUAGUGAAGGUUCGCUCCUCCGGCAGGCGGGUGAGGGCUCUGUCCUCCAAGCACAAGCUUUCAGAGCGCAGAGUGACCCGCAUGGUGGUGACUGUGGUGGCCGUCUUCGUCCUUUGCUGGCUUCCCUUCUACGUCCUCAACAUAAUCAAUGUUGUGUGCCCGCUGCCAGAGGAGCCAUCCCUCUUUGGAGUCUACUUCCUUGUGGUGGUGCUGCCGUAUGCCAACAGCUGCGCCAAUCCCAUCAUCUAUGGCUUCCUCUCCUACCGCUUCAAGCAGGGCUUCCGCAGGGCCAUCUUCAGGCCGUCCCGCCGAGUCCAGAGCCAGGAGGUGCCAGCAUGCCCCCCAGAGAAGAUCGAUGAUGAAAGGGAAGAGGGUGAGAUCAGCAAGAUCACCAGGAAUGGAAACGACAGGCAGGAGCGCCCUCUAAGCAGUGGGGAAGGAAAAAGCAAUGAGCAAAAACCACUCCCCGAGGAGCCUGCGGGAUGCGAAAAGAGCAGCAAGUUGCAUGUCAGCUAUUUAUGAUGAAAGGGGUGGUGCAGGGGAAAGCCACAUCGGGACAUGGGAUCCCCUUCACCUUCUCUGCUUCCAAAGGCAAUGGGAGAUGAUACAAGGGAAUAAUAAAGUCCAAGAGUAGCCUUAAAGAUGAACAGGGCCCCAUGAUCUUGUGGAAGAAGCAAGGCAUUGUUCUUGGCUUGGAAGAGACACCUGAGGUGUGUGUGGUACCAGUGUUACCAGAAAUUGGUAAAAAAUAAAACCUUCCUAAUACUAA